CUCAACCACCAUGGCUACCACAGCAGACCCCCAGUCAGGCCACCCAGGCCACCUCACCCCCGACCAACAAGCCACCCUCACCUCCUUCCGCACCCUCCUCUCAAGCACCACCCCGCCCCUCAUCCCCGCCUCCCCUACCCGGGAAGAGCACACCGCCAAGCUCGGGUACGACCGGUACAGCGAUGCGGCGCUGUUGCCUUACGAUUCUUGUCAUGACUAUAUACCCCCUGAUUUUGUGUUAACGAGAUGA